GCCUGGCCAAGACUCCGUUGCGCGAGAUCCCCGACAACGUGAUCAGCAACGGCGCCGAGGGGCGCCCCGGCAUUGAGAUCCUCAUGGCAGCCCUUCGGGCGCGCUGGGGCGGCGAGAGCCAGGACAAGCAGCUGCAGCUCCUGGCCGCCUUCGAGGAGUUCGACAUCAUCCGCAUUCGAGCGCGUGACGAAGCUGGACACCAAGUGGCUCCUGCAUCUUUGGCUCGGAAGCCUCUCUUGGCCUUCAACGUCCCCGAGGACACUUGGUCCAACCUCCUCGUGGAGACGCGUGGCCUGCCCCCGAGCUCCGAGAGCGAGUACGAGUCCUUCCUGAGGCACCUGAAGCGCAACCUCUCGCUCUACUGCAGGAAGAACAAUGUGAUGCGAUCAACACAUGCGAUGAGUCAGAGCUCCAACACCGGCUCCAACCAGUGCCAGCAUUGCGGCGAAUGCCUGACGUGCAGCAUGUGCACUGAGUGCUACUACGACGACGAGCUGGACCUCAUGGAGAGCGACGACGACUCGGACGACGACCUUGACUCCGAGGGCGAGGACCAGGCGCAGGCGGCCUACCUGCAGUACGAGAUCAGCUGCGCCGAGUGGGACAACCUCAUCCUGCCCCAGGAAAUCGAGGACAAGUGCCAGGUCUUCCUCGAGCACGCGCGUCAAUCCUUUUUCAUCUCAGAGAACACCGCUCGACAGCUGCGCUACACCGUUCAAGCCCGCGGCUUGGUAGAGUACUACAACAAGCUCUACGAGUGCGAGUACUGCAAGAUGGAGUUCUGCCAUCUGCGCACCGCCUACGACGAUUGCCUACACUGCUGGGGACGUGGGGAAGAGCGUGCCGGCCGAGGCCAGGGCAGCGCCCAGGUGUGCACCCAGCGCUUCUACCCGUGGCGCAGCAACCUCAGUGACAUUCGCACCGCGGGCUCCUGGACGGGCUACCAGGCCCACUCCACAUCACAGCUACCCAGUACUCGCGAAGGACUUCUGGUCAACAGCGGCGCGAUCGACAACCUCACCAGCAAGCAGUUCGUGGAUCGCCAGAGCGCCAUCGCCAAGGUGGCGGGCUACGAGACGCACUUCGAGCCGAUGGUGCACCCUGUCGCGGUCAACGGCGCGGGGGAAGGCAGCCAGCAG